AUGCGCUCAGCCGCCGGACUCUCGCAGGAGCAGGCGCUGGUGCUGAGCGCGGCGCUGAGCGGCAGGAGCGUCUUCUUCACGGGCAGCGCUGGGACUGGGAAAUCAUUCCUGUUGAAGAAAAUCCUGGGUUCGCUUCCACCAAAGAGCACCUAUGCUACAGCCAGCACAGGAGUGGCUGCUUGCCACAUUGGGGGUACCACGCUGCAUGCCUUCGCAGGCAUUGGUUCUGGGAAGGCACCACUGGAGCAGUGUAUUCAGUUGGCCCAAAGGCUGGGAGUGCGUCAACACUGGCUGGGCUGCCAGCACUUAAUUAUCGAUGAGAUCUCAAUGGUGGAUGGCGAGUUCUUUGAUAAGCUGGAGGCUGUGGCCAGAGCAGUCAGGAAACGGGAUGACCCCUUUGGAGGCAUACAGCUGAUCAUCUGUGGGGACUUCCUGCAGCUGCCCCCAGUCUGCAAGGGCAACGACCAAAUCAAGUUCUGCUUCCAGGCCAAGAGCUGGAGGAAGUGUAUCCAUGUGAACAUGGAGCUGACAGAGGUGCGGAGACAGACUGACAAGGCCUUCAUCUCACUCCUGCGUGCAGUCCGCCUGGGCAGGUGCCCAGAUGAGGUCACUUGGCAGCUGACCCAGACGGCUGCCAACAGGGUUGAGAGGGAUGGGAUCCUGGCCACACGGCUCUGCACACACAAGGAUGAUGUGGAGCUGACAAAUGAGAGGCGACUACAGCAGCUGCCAGGAGAGAGACGCUGCUUUGAGGCUGUGGACAGCGACCCCAUGCUGGCCAAAUUAAUUGAUGCCCAGUGUCCAGUAGGUCACCACAUUGAGCUGAAGCCUGGAGCCCAGGUCAUGCUUACCAAGAAUUUGGAUGUGUCUCGGGGCCUGGUGAAUGGGGCACGAGGGGUUGUUGUUGAAUUUGAAGCUGGAGGGAAAGGGCUUCCUAGGGUGAGAUUUCUUUGUGGGGUCACAGAGGUCAUCAAGCUGGAGCGAUGGAUCUUCAAAGGGCCUUCUGGCGUUCAUUUGAGUCGCCAGCAGUUGCCCCUAAAAUUGGCCUGGGCUAUUUCCAUCCACAAGAGCCAGGGCAUGUCGCUGGACUGUGUGGAGAUCUCCCUGUCUCGUGUCUUUGAAAGUGGCCAGGCUUAUGUGGCCCUUUCCCGAGCUCGGAGCCUCAAGGGCCUCCGUGUCCUGGACUUUGAUCCCAAGGUUGUGAAAGCCAACCCACAAGUGCUGCAGUUCUACAGUCAGCUGCGAAGGGACCAAAUUCUCAUGCAGGCACCUCUACACAGGUAUGCUGACACCGAUGAGAAGGAGAAUUGGGAAUCCAGCUGAGGACAGAUGGGCUACCUCAGACACAGCAAGGACCGCUCUGUUGUCAAGAAUCUCUUGCUGCAGGUGGAAUCCCAUAGUUCUUGGAAUGCGUUUGCUUCCUCGUGCUCACGUGUGGAUUUGGAGCCACGGUGUGAAACAUUCAGAUGUUUUGGCUGAUAACAUUUUCUCUGGAGAAAACUCAUCUUGUGCCUGUCCAGAGUGGGAGGCAGUGUCUCUAUACUCUCUCUUCCCAGUAUGUGCAGUUGUGAGCCAUGGGACUUUGAAGAGGCCAAGUUGGUAUCAUGGAGGACUUCCUCUUCUUAAGAGCUGCUAGCUUGGGGAGGGGUGGAGGCGUUGUUGCACAGAAGAGGUGCUGUUGAACAGCUGGAGCUUGCUUCUCUGCUGCAAGCAGGCUAGCUCUGGCUCUGCACGAGCCACCCUCUGGCUGUCGCUCUGUAGGCCAUUGAGUGCAGCAUCAUGCUGCUUGCAGUACUUUGUACCCCCUGCCUUUUUCCUCUGGCUGUAGGCAGGGCUCAGCACUUGCAGUAUUUGGUGAAAUUAGGUGGAAUCAUAAACCCUCUCUUAAUUUUGAAAAACUUUUAGAUUCAAUAAAAAG